UCCUCUGCUUAACUUCUUCUCUAGGUCUCCAUUACAGCACACGUUGUUCCCCAUUUUAGUAAUAAAUGAGGCAUGUGGGUAUUUUCGAACAUAUUUAUAUGCUUCGAUGUUUUUCUCUUCAUUGUUUGUUCGUUUGAAUUCCACGGUACCGGAUUUGAAAUUUCAAACCCUGUUCUGGUUGAAUGCCAAAUCCUGUUUGGAGUCUAAAUUCUACAAGUUUUAAGCUGGCCGGCUGUAGUUGAUAAAGAAACACAACCCUCCUGUAUUUUUCUUCUUCUAAUUGUUUUUCUCUGUGCUACUGAAAUGAUUGAUGCUUGACAGGUUUAGUUAUCUCCAAUCGAUUAUGGUCCAAAGGCUGACCUGAAGAAUUGGAACACUAAAUUGUGGGCUUUCCAAACCUUUCUCAAAUGGCUGUGGCUCCGACAUUGUUAGUCCUGGUUUUCUGGUUAUGGAUUCCCACAGAAGCUGUGGGUAGGACAGGAAAUAACACCAUGGCAAAUAGUACUGUCCCUUCAAGACCGAAAGUUGUGAGGAUAGGAGCCCUGUUCACAUUUGAUUCGAUCAUCGGAAGAUCUGCUAAACCUGCAAUUUCGGCUGCUGUUGAUGAUGUUAAUUCUGAUACAAGCAUUCUCAACGGGAUGAAGCUGGAACUUAUUUUUCAUGAUACCAACUGCAGUGGAUUUCUUGGAAUGGUAGAAGCUUUGCAGUUAAUGGAGAAUGAUGUGGUUGCCGUUAUUGGUCCACAGUCCUCUGGAAUAGCUCAUGUGAUCUCUCAUGUUGUUAAUGAACUCCAUGUACCACUUUUAUCAUUUGGGGCAACCGAUCCUACUCUUUCUUCCCUGCAAUACCCCUAUUUCAUCCGUACCAUUCAAAAUGAUCAUUUCCAGAUGUAUGCAGUUGCGGACUUGAUUGAAUAUUAUGGAUGGAGGGAGGUAAUUGCUAUUUUUGUGGAUGAUGAUAACGGAAGAAAUGGAAUUUCUGUAUUGGGCGAUGCACUUGCACAGAGACGUGCCAGGAUCUCCUACAAGGCCGCGUUCCCUCCAGAUGCUUCCAGAUCUGCCAUAUCUGAUCUGUUAAAUGGAGUAAACUUAAUGGAAUCACGAGUUUAUGUUCUGCACGUGAAUCCUGAUUCAGGUUUGGCAAUUUUUUCUCUUGCCAAAAAGCUUGGAAUGAUGAGCAAUGGUUAUGUUUGGAUCGCUACUGAUUGGCUUCCUUCGGUGCUUGAUUCACAAGCACCGGCGAGCCUUGAGAUCUUGAAUCUUUUACAAGGUGUUGUUGCAUUUCGUCAUCACACUCCUUAUACUAAUAUGAAAAAUAAUCUGCUCUCUAAGUUGAAAAAUUUGAACAAUCGUAAGACUGCAGGCUUCAAUUCUUAUGCUUUGUAUGCGUAUGAUUCUGUUAAGCUUGCCGCCCAUGCUUUGCAUGAUUUUCUCAAUGAUGGUGGAACCAUAACUUUCACCAAUGACCCUAACUUGCAUGACACUAAUGAAAGUAUGUUGCAUUUAUCAUCACUCCGAACUUUCAAUGAGGGCCCCAAGCUUCUCCAGACAAUCCUUGGAAUGAAUUUCACUGGUGUUAGCGGUCCAGUUCAGUUUGACAAGGACAAGAAUUUAAUUCGCCCAGCUUAUGAUAUUCUAAACAUUGGCGCAUCAGGACCUCGUAUUGUUGGUUAUUGGUCUAAUCACUCUGGUCUUUCAGACAUAGCUCCUGAAACCUUGUACUCAAAAUCACCUGACAGGUCAACUGGCAAUAAACAUCUGUACGGUGUGAUAUGGCCGGGAUUGACAUCAAUCACACCCAGAGGCUGGGUAUUCCCCAAUAAUGGAAAACCACUGAGAAUUGCAGUGCCAAACCGAGUAAGCUACAGGGAGUUUGUUGGCAAAGACAAGGACCCUCCUGGGGUAAGAGGUUAUUGCAUCGAUGUAUUUGAAGCCGCGUUAAAUUUAUUGCCCUAUCCUGUUCCGCGGCAAUAUAUACUAUAUGGACACGGUGAUAGAAAUCCCAACUAUGAUGAGAUCGUGAACCAGGUCGCACAAAAUAAAUAUGAUGCUGCUGUUGGGGAUGUUACUAUUGUCACAAACAGGACAAGGAUUGUGGAUUUUACUCAACCUUACAUGACUUCAGGGUUGGUUGUUGUUGUUCCUGUCAAAGAGGUGAAGUCAAGUCCUUGGUCUUUCCUCAAGCCAUUUACUGCACAAAUGUGGUGUGUCACCGGUGCCUUUUUUAUUUUUGUUGGAGCUGUUGUAUGGAUUCUUGAACACCGGCACAAUCAUGAGUUUCGUGGACGACCGAGAAAACAACUUAUGACAAUCUUCUGGUUUAGCUUCUCAACAAUGUUUUUCUCACACAGAGAGAACACUGUGAGUUCUCUAGGGAGAUUGGUGCUAAUCAUUUGGCUUUUUGUGGUGCUAAUUAUCAAUUCAAGCUACACAGCUAGCUUGACAUCCAUCCUCACAGUGCAGCAACUUUCAUCACAGAUUGAAGGCAUUGACAGUCUGAUCUCAAGUACUCAACCAAUUGGAGUUCAAGACGGGUCAUUUGCCCGAAACUAUCUCAUAGAUGAGCUUAACAUAGCAGCAUCAAGAAUCGUUAUAUUGAAGAAUCUGGAAGACUAUAUUGAUGCCUUGGAGCGUGGACCCAGAAAUGGGGGGGUGGUAGCCGUUGUUGAUGAGCUUCCUUAUAUUGAGCUCCUUAUGUCCAGCACGAAUUGUGCGUUCAGAACCGUAGGCCAAGAAUUUACAAAGAGCGGGUGGGGAUUUGCAUUUCAGAGGGACUCCCCACUUGCGGUGGACAUGUCGACUGCAAUUCUGCAACUGUCAGAGAACGGUGACUUGCAAAAGAUCCACGACAAGUGGUUACUGAAAAAUGAAUGUUCUGCGACACAAAACAACGAUGAAAAUUCAAACCAACUAUCGCUGAGCAGCUUCUGGGGGCUGUUCCUCAUAAGUGGGAUCGCAUGUCUGCUUGCAUUGAUUGCCUUCUGUAUAAGGGUGUUUUGUCAGUUCACAAAAUUCACUCCAGGCACUGAUGAGGAGGCCGACCAGGAAAUCAUACAGCGCCGCAUAGAUACUAAACGCCCAUGCCGGACUCCUAGUUUCAAGGACUUGAUUGAAUUUGCAGAUAAAAGAGAAGCUGAAAUCAAAGAGCAAAUGAGAAAGGCUAGAAAGAAACGUGGACGCAGCGAAGCUGAGAUGCGAUCCAGUUCACCUUUCUAAAGAAGUGGCUCCUCUUAUUUAAGUUUUCAGCUAUCAUUCCCAGAAAUUAUUUUUGAUCCCGUGCUCAAUUUCCCUCUUCUGUUUGAUGUUCUUUACAAUUUAAACCCCGUCAGUCAUCCGCUUCGUGAUUAUAAUAAUGUGAUCUUAGAUCCUA